CUCCAGAGCUGCUCUAUCCUUUCACCAUGUCUGACCCGCGGGGGCAUGGGAUCGCACCAGCUCCUCGAGCAUCCGUCCCUCCUCUUCAACCUCAGUCUCAAGUCACCCCUCUUCGCUCGCUCGUCUUUCAAGCCCCUUAGAUGUCCCCAUGAACCCAUUCAACAAUGAUACCGCUGCCUCGAUGGAAAACUCACGGCAAUCUCAGCUUCCACCUCCUUCCGUCGUGUUCGCAUUCAGCGCACCCAGUCCAGCUCUUUUCGAGCGGCUUUUGCACCAAUCUUCCCCCGGUGUUGGACCAUUCCGUCCGCCUCCGCGACUUCUGCAACCUCACCCACCUCUCGCCCUUGCUCCCCUUCCCUUCGCACCUCUUCCCCUGCUCCCUCCACCAUUCUCCGCCUUCGUGGGCCGGGAGGCGAACGUGACUCGCCGACCAAGUGUCUCGUGUGCGCCCGGUACCCGAGGACUGGAGCCUAUAACAAACGGCCUGAUCACACUAAAGGGGUUCAGCUCGUCUGGGCCUGCAUUGGUGGAUCGUUCUUGCCAGUGGAUCAAUGAGACGGGUCGACAGCAGCUUGAACCGGGAGGGAGCCGCAGAUUCGCGCACAUCACCUUCUGGGUGUCCUCAGACAUCCCUGCCCGCGUCUGAUCCGAGAACAGGACCCCCAUGGGACACGGGAGCGGCAUGACGAGCUGGGUGGAGAGCUGAGGGUGGUGGAUGGGCGGGUAUGCAGCGAGCAGGAGCAGGCGGGUACAGCAACGCGAUCGGGCGCGCCCCAUUCUAUACACAUGUGACUCUUGAUUUCACGUAGCCUCAC